GAGUUGCGGCGGGCAAUAAAGAUGCCCGACUUGGAGCUGGAAAGCAAGGUUGUCAGAUUGGGCGCCGUUUGCUCCAACACUGGCACCGAUGCUUCCGUACCGACUGUCCUCAAGGAGGAGGUCGAGCUGGCCAUCAAGAAGCCUGGGAUCGAGUCAGCAAGCAAGGUCGCAGCUGUCGAAGCUUGCACCAAAGCUGGCGUUGAUGCCUCCGAGCUGAAUUUCCUCAAGGCGGCUAUGCAGAAGAGGGCUGAUGGCUCGAAGCUUGUCAUGGAGUAUGACACCUGCCCUGCCUUGCUUGGAGUUCUGGUCAUGAAGACGGAUGAGGCUGUGCUGGACAACUCCCUGUCAAUACGCUUGGAGCGAUGGCGGAUGAAGCUGCUGGCACCGUUCGCAUAG